AUGGCUUUACGGGCGCGUACUCGACCUGAGCUCGACUCCACCAACCUCGACGAAGAUAAAGUGGUUUCCGGGCUGGUAUAUGAGAGCGGCCAGGGAUCACUAACACUGACAUUUCAAGAUGUGCCGCUGUCGACAACAUCGACAGCACGCCAUCCUCGUUUCUUCAUGGACGAGGGUGUAGUAUUCUUACGGGUGAGCCCUCUGUGUUCACCGCAUCCCGACUUCAUAACCAGGUCUCGGAACCAGGUUGCAGAUCCCGUAACCGAACAUGAUUGUCUUUUCAAAGUCCAUCGAUAUUUCUUGGAACGCGACUCUGAAUUCUUCCGCGACAUGUUCUCGUGUCCUUUGGGAGGUGCUAGCGUGGAGGGAGAGACUGAGGAAAGCGCGAUUGCUCUUCCAGGAGUGACGCGCUUUGAACUGGAAUGCUUGCUGUCGUUUCUAUAUAACGGCAUGUACGAACGCGAUGUGAGCAUAGAUGAAUGGGUGGCAAUACUGUCCAUUUCGUCGCGGUUUUUGUUCGAUAGGAUUCGCGAACGGGCAAUCCGGGAGAUAGCCACGUAUGCUCCUCCGCUGGAUCCUGUCGAACGGAUAUUCCUGGCGACGAAGCACGACAUUCCGCAAUGGCUUAGACCUGCUUACAUGGACCUGUGCAUACGCCCGGAGUCACUUACAGAGGAAGAAGCACAGAAGCUGGGUCUACCCACUGUCGUACGCCUUGCGCGCGCUCGGGAACAGCUGUCGCAAGGGCGGAGAGAGACAAGGCGCGAAACCUUCGAUGACUAUUCAGUAGAUGCACUUACCGGAACCAAACAGACUACUUUACAGCCGCAACCACAUCAUUCUCAAUAUGCCCUCGAACAUAUAUUCCAAAUUACCAGUGGCUUCUCGAUAACUAUGGCUCAGUCACGGCGAAACAACAUCGAUCUGCGUCCUUCCUCUACAACCAAUACCCUAAAUCAACCAGGGACAGAAAUGGUACUGACAAUUAAUCCUGGCCAUGAUUCCGCCUCUCAGCCACUUUCUUUGAUCACUCGCGAUUCGCAAGGAUUGAAGCUUGUCCUAGAAGCAUACCGACGUCUUAGAAAAAUAUCCGUGGAGCUGACUCCAUUGAUAUUCGAAGCUACCCAACAGGCACGUUAUGAAGCCGCGGUUAUAUACAAAUGGCUCGCUCCUUACCUCGCCGAACCUAGUCGGAUCCCCAUGCUGUCAUCUAUCCCUCCGGAUAUCCGCAUUCUCAAAAAACCCUUGCACACCCUUCUUUCAGCCGCCAGCGCAGGCAUUCCAGGCGACGAGACUUCAGAUAUUGCGCUUGUCAGAGAAGAUUGGAUACGAAGCAAGAUAAAGCAUGACUUGAUCCCAAAUUGUCCAGGGACAUCGUCUCUGCGAAUACGGAUAGGGACAUAUAACGUCAAUGGACAGCUGCCAUCUCAAGAUCUCUCUCCCUGGGUCGGGGGUCGACUCGACGAUUCGGAGCCGCUCCAGAAGGAACAUUUGACGACGAAAAACUCAAUAGAAAACAAUUCCGAUUCAAUUUCCCUGGCAAGUACGCUAGUCGAGACGUCAUCACAUUCAAAGAGUCCAGAUAUAAUUUCCUCAGAUUUGUCGGACUCGGAUCUCUUGGUUUUCGCUUUCCAAGAACUCGACCUCUCUACUGAAGCUCUGUUGUAUUCUACCAAGACUGUACGAGAAGACGCCUGGUGCGCGGCGUUGUUUGCUGGCCUGGGUGAGAAGGCUUCAUUAUACGAGAAGCUCACAUCCAAACAACUUGUCGGAAUGUUGCUUGUGGCGAUCGUCAAAAAGGAGUUGAAGUCAUGUUUUGUCGACAUCAAAUCUGCCUCGGGAAAUAAAGGAGCUACCGCGCUUCGACUAACAUAUGUCCCGCCCCUCUCGUCCAAAGUGCAUUCCCCUAAGCCAACUGUUUUAACGUUCGUCAAUUCUCAUCUUGCGGCCUUUGACGAGAUGUACGAAAGAAGGAAUGCGGAUUUCCAUGAUCUGUCGAAGAGACUGAUGUUUGACUCGGGGAUUCCCGCGCCGUCGAUACAAUCUGAAGAUGGUCUAGAUGCCCCGAUCUUGCCCUUGAAUAUUUAUGAGACUGACGCUCUAUUUUGGAUGGUGGGUGAAACGCUUUGUGUAGCAUUAUUCGUCUCUCAUCGUGCCUCUUCCUCCAGGGUGUUGAAGGGAGGUGCAGACCUCAACUAUAGAAUCAAUUUGCCCGACAUAGACAUACGUCAAUUGCUACGUUCUCAAUCAGAAUCCCGAGAUCUCGACUGGAAAAUUCUUCUCGGUUAUGAUCAGCUGCGGCUUGCAAUGCGGACCAACAAAGCCUUUGAACUAUUUUCUGAACAUCCCAUUACGCACCCACCUUCUUAUAGAUUCAGCGCCGGUAUUACUCCAGAUGACCAAGGAUAUGACACGAAACGGAAGCCAGGGUGGACCGACCGGAUUUUAUACCUUCAUUCAGCUAUGGUGGAAUUGAAACAAUUCAAAUAUUCUAGUCAUCCCGAGAUCACAAUGAGCGACCACAGGCCUGUGUCUGCAGAUUUCAGGAUGACGACGCCGCUGUUGAACAGAGUCGCCUACAAUUCUUUCAUCGAGGACACGUGGAAGCUCGUGGCCUCUAUGGAAGAUGAAGAUGUCACCCCUAAAGUAAGGCUGAGUGAUUCGAUUGUGGAUCUUGGCCAGAUAUCCUAUCGGCAACGCGCCACGAAGACCCUUGAUCUGGAGAACAUCGGGCAGGUGCCAUGUAUCUAUCGCUUUAUUGGCGCGAACACCGAGCAGAUCCCUCAUCCCGAGUGGCUAACCAUUGACAAGAUGACGGGCCUCAUUUUACCUGGUCAACGAACGACGCUGGCUCUAUCAACAGAAUUAGACAACAAUGUAACGUCACGUUUGAAUCGUGGCACGACGAAUCUGGAAUUUACCCUGGUCCUACACAUUGCAUAUUCCAAAGAUCACUUUAUUACUGUCAUUGGAAAAUAUGAGCGCACAUGCUUUGCCAACGAUGUGACUUGGCUGACGCGAUUACCUGGGCCUAUCAAAUCGCUCAGGAGCCUAUCCGAGCUGCUCCCGGAGGAGCACAUGAUGAGCGCUCCCCGGGAAAUCAUGCUGCUGAUCAAAUGGAUCAUGAGCAAUGCAACGGAAGUUGAAGGAAUUUUCCUUAAACCCGGAGAUGAAGAACUCCUUCACAGCAUACGCGAGUGCCUAGAUGUCGGAACAGAGUUCGACAUACUUCGACAUACCAAUGACAACGAAAGACUGGCUCUAGCUGUCGCGGAUACACUUCUUCGAUUCCUUGCGUCAUUGCCAGAGCCAAUCUUCCCGACGCCACUGCAUCAAAGAUGUGUCGAGAUUACGAGUAAAGAAGAAGCGUUUGAGUUGCUCAACGAGUUGCCAAGUGUAUCUCUAAACGUGUGGAUAUCUGUGACAGCCGUACUGCAUUACAUCACGCAACAAUCACCCUCCAAGAGGCACACUGAGCAGCUUGUGGCUGUGUUCGCAUCUGUUCUACUGCGUGAAACAGACGUCCCCAUAUCGAUUUUAGGCAAAAGGAAUUUCGUUCGCUACUUCAUUGCGUGA